GGAACACCAGCGACUACGUUUUGGAGCACAACCAAAGUGACUUACGUUUGGCAACGUUCAAUUCAUGACGCAUCACCUUUUCCUAACGAGGAAACGCACAAAAACGAACACGUACACUAUUGUUUAGUACUUUACGCAGCUAAGGAGUUAUAGCAGAGCACUUAUUACGGCGGCCAGCUACCGCCGUAUCAUCGGCGACUAAGCAAAGAAAUGAACGUCACCACUGAGGUUCUGGUCGCGCUACAAUCCAAGCCAGACCGUGUGCGCAAUCUCUGUAUCCUCGCGCACGUAGACCAUGGCAAAACGACGCUUUCCGACCACCUCAUCGGCUCCAACGGUCUCAUCCAUCCACGCAUGCAGGGCGAGCUGCGUUACCUGGACAGUCGGGAAGACGAGCAGGCGCGAGGCAUCACCAUGAAGGCCUCCGCCAUCAGCCUGCUGUACGUGCCGGGGGCGGCCACACGGCCCGAGGGUCCCAAGUCGUUGUCCGAGUCCGACAAGCUGGCUCGCGGCUACCUGGUGAACCUGAUCGACUCGCCAGGCCACGUGGACUUCUGCUCCGAGGUGUCCACCGCGGCGCGCCUGAGCGACGGCGCGCUGGUGGUGGUGGAUGCGGUGGAGGGGGUGUGCAUCCAGACGCAUGCGGUGCUGCGGCAGGCGUACGAGGAGAAGGUCAAGCCCGUGCUGGUGGUCAACAAGCUGGACCGCCUCAUCUUGGAGCUGCGGCUGUCGCCCGAGGAGGCGUACGAGCGGCUGCGGGGCAUUGUAACGCACGCCAACAUGAUCCUCUCCGCCUUCGCCUCCGAGCGCUACCUGCGGGAGGCGGAUGCGGUGCUGGCGCUGGAGGCGGCGCGAGCGGAGCAGGCGGAGCAGCAGCAGCAGGAGGAGCAGCA